CAGGGAAACACGGAAAGAAGGGAAAAAAAUCGGAGAGAAGAAAAGAGCGGAAUAUAAAAAAUUCUUCAAUUAUGAAAGAACACGGAGGAAACAAGCAUCCGGCCGAACCGGCGACGAAAACGCUUAAAUCGUUGCUGAAAAAACCAGGUCAAACGAAAACGAAGUCGCAGAAGCACCGGGUGGUGAUAAACGAGAAGCUAAACGAAUUUUUUGCGGCUGACUAUAUAAUAUUGAUCAAUGAGGAAUGUUGCGCCGAUUACGAGGAGGAUUGUGAUUGCUGUUAUCAGGAACACGAGUUGAUGCGGUUAGGCAACUGUCAGGAAUGCCGGGCGGAAUUGAAUUUGCACUUGGGAAUCGGGAACGACGCCGGCGGCGGCAGAUACGGCGGCGGCGGCGAAAUGGCGAAAGAAACGGAACAGGCGUUGCGCGAUAACGUAACGCGUAAUAAUCGCGACGAAUUUCGGGGCGAGAAGAGUCAGUUGCGAAGCUCGCAAGAGGACGAGGAAGAGGAUGAGGAGGAAGCGGACGUUGGCGAGGAAGAAGAGGACGAGGAGGAGAACGAACAGAUGGACGAGGAUGAUGAUGAGGAGGAGAACGUUGAGAGCAAGGUUGAGAGAGUGGUGGCGGCUGUAGCCGCGGCAACGCCGAUUGAAAGAAAAGACGUCGUCGAGCGAAGAAACGUGGACGCGGCGGAAGACGCGGCUACUAAAGGACGACGGCCUAAAGAGACCUCGGAUUUUCAGAAAGAAAACGGAACCGCGGUCGUUCCGCCGUCGUCACAACAUGAUCAGCAACAGCAACAGCAACAGCAACAAGAUCAGCAGCAACAACCGCAACAACAAGAAACGCUAAGUCCGCCGGAAGGUUACAAGGACGUGUGUUCGUCGUCGAACGACGACGAAAUCCCGAACGAAACGGAGCAACGUAGCCGAUCGUCGGCCUCGUGCGCGGAGUUUAAUUAUUGUCAGCAACAGGCAACAACGGAAUGUGAAACAAAGGAUCAUAGAAAUCAGCAAGACGCACAAGACGUCAAAGAUACGACGCACGACGGUUGUCAAAAAAGUUUGCAAGAAAGAUUGGAAAAACAGCAUCGAGCAUCUCUACCUGAUCUGCACCAUCGUUACCUUGUGGAAACAAUAACAAUGACAACCGUUACGGAGCGGCGCAUUGUGCGGGAAAUUAGCGAGGAGGAGCGCAAGGACGGCUUCGGGCGAUCCGAUACGGAUAAAAGCAAGAACGGUUGCAACGUUCCAAAAGAUAACGAUUUUAAUCCGGCGCUUUGUCUUACGACGGACGCUUCUUCUAUGUCGGUCGUUCGUGAGAACACGUCGCAACUCAACGCGCGAUAUAACGAAUCCGAAGUCACGGAAAAUUGUGAAAGCGACACAAACGUCAAAAAUCCGGUUGGCGAGAAAAAAACAGAGGCGACGGUCGAGGUCAGCGAACGCAUCGGUGAUCAAACGACUACGUCGGGCGAUCAGCAGUCACAACGCGAGCAGGACAUCAAAGAGCUUUCCCUCGUUUUUAAACUAGGCAACAUGUCUCUGGCCAAUAAUAGCCUGAAGCCAAAUUCCGCAGUAAGACAACUCUUUCCCAAUCCAAAGUUUAUAUCGCCACCACCGGCGCCGACUAACAAACCAGGUUCCUCGGAUCAUUUCCAGGACGAGGCGCACAAAUUUCUAAUUACCGCCGAGAGUUUGCGAUUGUUCGACGCGGCGAAAAAGUCAUCGGUUCUCGAUGAUUCGUACGAAUCGCCGGAAUGCGAGACAAACUCGAUCAAAAGAUCCAUCGAACGCAACACCCUGCGACGAAGUCUGAUCGGCAAAUAUAACACGAUAUCGCGCAAGAAGAAUCUACGACCCAAGAAUCUGUCGUUGGAGGAGCGCAUCAGGCAGCUCACGUGCGUCGAUCAGGACGACGACAACGUGGACACAACGGACAGUUCCGACUCGAUGAAGGAUACCAAGUAUGGGGGUGAUCUUUCGAUACGAACGUCGCCAUUGGGCGAGGAACGGCCUACGUACGAGUCGCUGUCCGCGAGCGUGGUCUCAACAGAAACCGCUGCCAGUUUAACAAUGGUGUCGACGAGAUCAAAUUCUUUGACAGCGACGACAACCGACGCGAUGACAACAACGGCGAACAUGAUGGCGUCGUCCGGAGGACAGAGUUCGAUGGGUAAGCCAAUGCUGAUAACAGACAAUCCGCCCACGACUCAAUCCACUUACAAAAAACUCACGGAUCUGUUCGCGCACAAAAAGAACAUUCAGUCGAACCUUCCCGAUCUUGGUAUCGGCACGGGGGGCAGAAAUCUUCUCGCCAAAGAGUGCCAGUCGAAAAAUCCAAAAUUGAACUCGGACGUUCGCAAACAAUUGUUGGCGAGUUUGGCGCCGCUCUCCUGCGUUGCCAUCGGAAACGCUUCCGACAACCAAGAUGCCGAUUAUUAUCGAAACGAGUCCAGAAUGUUGACGUCCGCCAACCGAUCCGAAUCAAUGAGCUGCAAUUCGGACUCGUCGUACAGUUUGGAGGAUAUUGAAGCGGUUCUGAACGACGACAGAAAGUACGCCGGCCAACCGGAUGUGACGAGAUGCACGCCGAUAGGCAGCAGACCCGAUAUAGGCGACAAUAGUACAACCGACGAGUUGCUCGCAUUCGUCGAGCAAGACAAAUCGAGAAUGGAGCGAAUAAAACGACGUUAUAACGAAACGGAGGAUCGUUUCGCGUUUUCAAACGGCUAUCACUCCGAGGACAAGGCGGUGAAUACGACGUCCACUGAGAAUAUUACUAAGAAUCGCGAAGUCAGGGUGGACGGCCAGGUGGACAAUGAAGCGGAGAACGACGAUGACGAGCUAAACGAUUACGGUUUCAAUCGACGACCGUCGGUGACGGGGAUCAAGCAGCAAUACGAAACCAUCAACGAGACGCUUCAUCGAAUGCGAUCAACCGGUGUGGCCAACAACUGCAACAACGACGCGGCACGAUCGAGCUCGACGUGGCCAAUGUAUUGCGACGCGAACAACGGGGACGUGAAGAUAGACGCCAAGACUCUGUUGGCCGACGGGAACGAAGCGGUCUCCAUACUUGCGGAUUCGUACGCAAGUAUGGGAAGUUUUGAGAGAGACACGAACACAAUCAAUCGAAUAAACACGAUGCAACGACAGAUCGACGAUAUCUAUCAGACUAUCGCCGAGAGCAAGGCGGUAACCGCUAACAUCCACGGUAUCACCGAACGCAUGACUUAUCUGGAGAACACGAUACCGCGUCAAUUUGUCCGAACGAUCUCCGACGAAGACGCGACGCAUAUGUACGCCGAGCACAGAAAUGGUCAUCACUACUUUCACGAACAGCAGCAGAUGUCCAGCAGCAGCAGCACGCGCAUGUUGCGCAUCGCGGGCGGCGGCGGCGGCGGCGGCGACGAUAUCGCGGGUGCGAUAUAUACCAACACGUUGUCGAAGAUGCAACGUCGCAAUCCUCCUGUAACAAUUGCCAAUUAUCACUGUAACGUGUUGCCCGGCGGCGCUGUGCCGGCUGUUAACACCAAGUGCUACCGCACCAUGUACUUCGUCCCUUACAGCGGCAUGUCGGAUCCAACUUAUCAAAAUAUUCAGCGCAUUCUACCCCCGCACUCGUCCCCAAACUAUGCCAAUCACAUCGAACGUUAUCCGUAUCCCAGACUGAACAGGACCAAUCAACAACAGGCUAUCUAUUAUAACGCAAAUCGUUCUUCCGUCACGUCGCAUUCCAAUUUGAGCAAUACGUCUCCGCCUGUGCCACCUCCGCCUCCGCCGCCUCCGCCACCUCCGCCCCCGCCGCUGCCGCUCGCAUCCGUACCCAAUUCGAAUUCUCUGCAACAAUUGCAGGCCGUCGCUCAACAGGCGCCGCUUCAUCUUCACAUACAUCCUCACCAGACUGAAGAUUUUCGAUCGCCCAACAUCGCGUUCACUUCCGUGCCGCACUCGGCGUUGCAUCCCAUGCAGCUUCAUCAUCAUCAUCAACAUCAGCAUCAGCAUCAUCACGGCGAAAUGGCCGGUUCUUAUCGCGUGCCUCUGGCAACGCAGCUUUCGCCACCCUCGUAUACGGUAGUCGCGCCAUCGAGAUGUAUUCCGGCGAGUAAUCAGGACGGUUAUCCGUUGUAUCCGGCGCAUUUGGCGCGUGGUAACGCGAGUGCUGUAGCCGCCGCCGCAGCCGCCGCAGCCGCAGCCGCGGAUAUCCAAACCCAAACGAUCGCCAUCUCGUCGUUCUCAUCGUCGCCGUCGUCCUCAUCAUCAUCUUCGUCGUCAUCAUCCUCGUCAUCUUCGGCGUCAGCGGCGUCCGCGUUGUCAUCGUCCUCGUCCUCGUCCACUUCAGCCACUGCCACUUCUUUAAAAUGUACAGGAGUCGUGCCCAGCAAUAAAAGUUGCGAGCCUAUUAUCGGAACGUCCUACGUCGUUAGCAGUAACGCGCAAUCUGGAACGAAUAGCGUAGCUCCGCUCGCAUCGUCAUCAGCGGCGGCCAUAUCCUCGGUUACAACGGUGUUGCAACUGCCACGAACCGUUAAUACUUGCGCAAUGACGGAGCGCGGGAUUCCCGAAGGAGCCAGCAUGCCAACCCGAGACUUUCCUCAGCCAUCCGGACCGGCAAAUUCGACGGCGCAUGUCAUGCUAAUGUCCAACUCUUACGUUGAUCCCAAUGCAAGUCUUACCACUCAGACCAAUCCUCCAAACACGAUAUAUUACGCUAUGAACGUCUGA